AAAGUGUCUUUUCUCAUUCAUAAGUAGGUUGCGUAACAUUUUGUGCCUAGCGCGGAUUUCUAGCAGCCUUGAACAGGUGUUGUUGCAAAUGAAAGUGAUUUGCUUCGCUACGCUGGUCAGCGCUCACUUUUGCUCAACACCUCGAGACGGAAUGUUUCCCAGCAGACACCCUACGCGGUUCGUGCUCUCCAUCUUCCUCCUCGCUUUAACUUCGGUCGGAGCUCAGGACUGCAGCGACGAUACUCUGAAGAGAUGCCGGAAAAAUGUUCAAGAAGGACUCUCUUCCGAAAGCAAAGAUGGCGACGACCAAUGCAGGUAUAUUCGAGAAAAUUUUGACUGCUUGCUGUGGCAGAUCUCAACUUGCUUGGAUAAGACAGAACAAGUCGACAAUGGAGAUUACCUACUAAGAUCUUGGCGUUAUUUAUCAACUUUCUGCGAAUCUCAAGGGAGUUGGUACACCAAGCAAUGUUUCCAAAGAGAUGAUAUUAGACGCUGCGAGGGUUUGCUCCCAGCGCGAGGUUUUUCCACCGAUGAUUCGUCUUGCAGGAGCUUCUCCAGUUUCCGCGAUUGUGUAAUACCAAUAGUACAGACCAAAUGUUCAGCCUCUGAGCAACGACUUCUCGGUACAUACUUGAUGGUAAAAGGUCAAAACAGAGCGUGGAACUGUCCCAGAACUUCAUCUUAUUCGAAUCCAGCAAGUGCUCCUUUAGCUGCAGAUACUAGAUAUAAUUCAUUAUCCGAUUCGUCAUGGAACAACUGCGACGAAGAAUCCCUCAGAGUUGAUCUUCAAGAGUGCCGCACAGAUUUUAACGAUGAAGAAAGAAUAGCAAGAAGACACAAUGAUAGUGAUAUGAGGCAUCACAAAACAUGCUGCGCUCUAGUGAAAUACGAAGAAUGUGUAAAAAAGACAGUCCAAGGGAGAUGUGGGAAUAGAAGAAGAUACGAAGAGAGAAGUCUAGUAACUGACAUGAAGCAGAGAUACCCUGAUUAUUACUGUAAUGACCAUACACUGAACGAAUGUUCGAGUGCUGUAAUUAAUAGCUUUUCACUACUCUGCGCAAUAUUAACUUUAUCAUUAACGUUAAUAUCGUCAACUAUGAAAUUUAAAUCUUUUUAACUGAAUGAUGUUGACGAAAUUGUACAUGCAUAUUAUUAAAAAAAUGUAUAUUAUAUGUUAAAAAGCAUAAAGUUUCUCAAAUAUCAAGGAUUAUUACCUUAGUAUCACUAUGGAAGUGAUAUGGCCAUGGCAGAGUGAAAGGAAAAUAUUUUUGGAAUACGUUAUUAGUUAGGAAGCGCUGACAUUUCCCUGCAUUUUGAGGCCACACUUUUUAGGUAGGAAAGUUUACGUACUUUUUGAAUGAAGAUAUAAAACGCUUUCUUGAAAGCGAUGUAUCAUGCUUUUACUUAAAUUUUGACAUUAAUGUCGUUUCAGAAUGGAAAAUACAGGUCACUUCAUAGUCUAGCGACAUAGAAAUUAAUUUUUUAAAAAAUUUAUUCAUCACAAUAUUACUCAUCUGAGUGACUACUUUUCUUGCUGCGGAUUUUCAACUCCUGCAUGGCUCUGAAGUAGUUUUCCAAAAGGAUCUUCUUCAAAUAUUUAGUCACAACUCUUUUCAUACAUGCUUCUUUGGAGGUCAUCAGCGGUAUCAGACUGGGACCUUUUCGGCAAAAUGACGAAUUAGUUUGUGCAAAAGGAAGCUGGUUGAUAUCACGACAAGCUGCUUUUCGAAAGAAAAAGAGAUGAACUAUCUUUGUUGAAUGCCAUAUUAUCAAACAAGAGAAAAAACUCGUUAAGUGCGAAUACAAGGCUGAACGAAUGGGUGACAUAAAGCUGUGCAAAAUACUUUAAUAAUAUUUUGUACUAACUACAUAAUCUUGCUACAGAGAGUCUUUGCGCACCACUUAACUGCACUCCCCCCCCCAAAAAAACGUGUUUAAGUGAUUUAAAACCGCAUGCCUUUUAAGGCUUUCGGAUUACUUCCUUUUCUCUAUAACCAACCAAUCAGUUAUUGAAAAAGACUGUUCCUUCUUCACAGCUUCCUCAGAUUUUUCCAGAGAAUAAAUAAUAAACACUGUUUGCAAGAACGUCCUUUUUUGAUACAAACUGAAACCAUGCUAACUCUGAUUGGUAUGGCCUUGCCAACGAUGGGUUAAAUGAGACAAUUACCUUAGUAAAAAAUUGAGAAAUGGAACAAAUAAGUCAUAAAAAGUAUUUAACGUACAGCAUUUUUCAGAUUUACUUCACGUUUUACGACUAAGACCUGUUGACGCGACUCUAUUGCUUAGUAACAAUUUCGAAUCCAUAGUUCCAUCUCAUGUUGAUAAAUCGCGACAGAUAUGGUUGUGAGAAAUAAUGCUAUGAAUCUAUAGACUCUUAAAGCUUUAUGCUGAGAUUUAUAGGCUUAGGCAAUAUCCAAAUCCUACCCUCUACUAAACUACGACCUGGCAACUUUUCUUUUUAUCUAUGGGAUCUCUUAAAAGUCGUGAGUUAUGUCAAGAAUAUUAAUAAUUAUUUUAAAAUAGGCAUUUCAAGGCCGUCGCUAACCUGCCCCAUUUGCAAUCACAACUCGCGUGUCAUCACCGCACACCAUUUAUUUUCUCCACAACAUUUGAGACUGUAAUUCAAGGUCAGUCUUAGAAAUGGCAACAUCGAUGGAUCUUAUGUUUUAAGCAGUACGAGUAAAAUGUGGCUUAGAUUUUGUCAAGAAGGUUAUUGCUCUACAUCACCUGAAAGAAACAGUUCGUUACACCUGUCAAAAUAUUUAUCCUACUGUCAUCAAAUGUGUAUUACUGGAGCGCAAGGCCGGCACCAGAUCACGUACGGAAAAAUUCUUAGAAUUUAGGAUGAAUUGGCAGGCCAAAAGUCUAGCGCAAGCCUUGCUGGAAAGGCAGUAUCGGCUGGAUUUGUUAGAGAUGCUAAACAUUUAACGUGAGGUGGGCCAUUUUGCACAAAUUAUAUUAAAUUCCUUAGUAUACUAGACUUAUAUCAGAUAGCCUGUAGAAUAUGCAUUUUCCAUACUGAAACGAAUAAAUACCUAAGAGCUCAGUCAUAGUGUAGAUUUAUCCCAAACAACUUUUUUAAUUUGACAGGAUAGGUUAUUCAGAAAUAUCAUUAUUCAUUACUUUUGACUCAUUUCUAUUCUUUCAUGUUGCAGUUUUGUAAAAGAUAUUGCCAUAAGCAUGUAUAAAAAAUAAAAUCUUGUUUGUUUUUGUCUCAAAA